UCACUCUCCCAACCCUUCUCAUUUGAUCCCUACGAUAGAUCAGCACCAGUACCAGCACCAUGACCGGCAGUAAGAAUGUGGUGUUCGACAUUGUCGGCACACUGGUCUCCUACGACGUCCUUUUCGAUGCGAUCGACACGCAACUGGGCGACCGGCUCCGUGCGGAGGGGAUCAAGCCUUCCUUGUUAGGAUACACCUGGAUCGAGGUCGCAGAGCGCGAGUACACAUAUCUGAGCUUGUCAGGCCAGUAUAAGACAUUCGCUACUUGUCUGGAAUUGCUCUUCUGGCGAAUGCUCAAGAUGGCAGGCAUACAAGACCCGCGAAGCUUUGCCACAAAGAGCGAUCUCGAGUUUAUCAUGAGUAGGUAUGCCAAACUUGGACUUCGCCCAGGAGCGGCCGAGUGCGUCACUAAGUUGCGUGAUGCUGGGUUCACUGUCUGGGCACUCACAGCGGGGGACGCCGCGAGAGUGGGGGGUUAUUUCGCCAACGCUGGACUUGAAUGGCCCGCAGAGAAUCUAAAAUCCUGUGACUCGCAGGGAAUAGGCAAGCCAGACUUGCGGGUGUACCAACCGCUCCUCGAGCAGCUCUCCCAGCACGGACAACCCUGGUUUGCUGCUGGACAUAUGUGGGACGUUUCGGCGGCUCGCCGUGCGGGGUAUAAAGGAGCGUACUGCACCAUCUGGGAAAAGGAGCCGAUUGUGGGAUUAUUUGGAGAGAUGGAAGUCAUGGCAGACACUCUGCCAGCGAUGGCUGACGAGAUAAUUGCUGCGGAAAAUAAGUGAGAAGGGUGAAGUUGACGGCCGAGAAGCAGGCAUAUCGGCACUAGCUUGGUCACUAAUUACUACUAGUCUGGGGAGCGUGUCAGCUACUGAUAGAGAUGUUACGUAGCCAGUGCAGUACUUCCUUCCAAAGAAUUGCACAUGGGGCAUAUCUUGCAGAUCCAUUUCGUUGCUGAUAAUGCUCCAAAGAAUGUUUAUCUUCCACACAGACUUACUCACUAUUGGAAACAGACAUGAUGCGCACAAUACUUUCUUGUGUCUCCUGAUCGCAAAUGUUUCUUGUAAGAGACAGGGAAGGGUCCAAACCACAGGUGAUGCAGCACGAGGAUCUUGAC